GGUAUCAGAGCCCUGUGUACUCUGACCCCUCUGUACAGCGCCAGUACCAUGGGUCACGGCAGGCCUGGAAUGCUCACCCUCAGGCUGUUUGUCCCCAGAGUUAUGGAGGAGGUGGACUGGUAUCAGAGCCCUGUGUACUCUGACCCCUCUGUACAGCGCCAGUACCAUGGCUCGCGGCAAGCCCGGAACUCUCACCCUCGGGCAGAAUACCACAGGUCUGACCAGGUAAAUCUUGGCGGUGAGGAACUGUCAUCAUCAACAAGGCCUGUGGUCAGGCGGCUGUUUGUCCACAAACCUGAUGCUGUCCACGUUAACCGUACGGUACAUUCUACAGGGCCAACCCAAGGUCUGGCAAAUCUGCCACGAGGAGUACCGCCAAGUAAAGGCUCUACCCAGAUAUCAUUCUUGGAUUUGUCAGUGAAGGGAGUUGCGGAGAGCAGUAAAGAUCCGGUCCCUCGAAAACGACAGAGACCAAAGUCUAUCUCCCCUGGGACCCAGCCAGAGCCCAAACGUCCAGAGCUUAGAGUACCAUCCGUCCCCACACCACCAGCCCCUUCCCGAUGUGACUCCCCGACUCAGCCAAGACAGUUCACACUUACGGCUUCACUAAGUACUGUGUCCAUCCCUAGUAUUUCCCGCACCGAUCUGGACUUGGAAUACCUGGACGAUGGAGCCUGUGACAUUCUUGGUGAAGGCGGCUAUGGAUACGUCCAGCGCGGCAGGCUUGAACAUGACGAGAUGGCGACGAACAUUGCCGCUAAAUUCUUUAAGCCGAACCGGGCGUCUGUGGAGGAAAUCGAAAGGGAGGCAAAGAUACAGCGGUACCUACAAGACACCGGAGCUGUACCCAAAGUCCACGGGCUCAUCAACAUGGCUAGCAAAGGCGGCGAUCCCAUUCUGGUCCAGGAGUGUGUUGGUCAGGGAACAACUGUAGAGGAUUUAAUGGCCAGAGGGGCCGACAGAAAGACAUGGCUGCAAUUUACUCUACAAGCGGCCCAGGGACUGCAGAAAAUCCACCAGAAAGGCGUCCUUCUGAACGACAUAAAGUUCGACAACAUCCUCUUGGACGACAGUCAAGAGUCCCUCAAGGUGAAAUUCGUGGACAUGGGUAUGGCAACGUUUAACUCCAGCUACACCAGUACUGUGAACCCCGAAGACAUGGUGGACUGCCAUCACAUUGCCCCGGAAGUUGUUAAUCAAGCGCCGUCUAGCGUCAAGUCAGACCUGUACAGCCUGGGUUACGUCUUGCGUGUGAUCGGGGAGGAUGCUCAUCUGCCAGACUUGGAAAUGUUGGGGUCUUUGUUGAUGUGUGACAAUCCUGCACAACGACUGAGUCUUCCAGUUUUCGUGAAGUGUGUGGAAUUUUUCAUGAAUUCUUGUAACUGAGUGCUCGGAGUUAAUUCACCUGAUAAUAUUGUCUGUGAUAGAAACGAAGGUGCAACAAAAUCUACCUCGGACUGUUGCUCUGUUUUGUUAUUUUUCAUUUUUACGGAGGCGUUAAAAAAAGUGCUAAAAACGAGAAUGCUUUUCCACUGAGCCUUAAACACAUAUAGCACCUUGAAACACCCACACGUUCAGGUCAGGUGUUCAUUACAACGAAGCAAAUCGUGAAGAUACAUAUUUAUUCUAAAAAUGUUCAAAGGCGUCUUUGUAUGGAACUAGACAAAAGUAUUACGGUCUCUUUCUUAGUAUGUUUUUAUUAUUGAGAAAU